GGCGUCUUGUUUGAAAUACGUCGGUGUUUGUCCCCCUUAUUGUGAAAAAGAAAGUCUAACGAAACAAGAUGAGCGAGUGAAUCAAACGAGGUGACGUCUGUUCGUCGAUGGCGGGCAAGAAAUGGUAGGAAACUUCUCAGUUUCGUUUCCUGUCAUCUUCCAGAAGAUAGGAUGCCGUUGUGUAUCAUUCCCCUUCAGCAUUUCCUCCCUAUUCCCCUCCUUUUCCUUUUCAUUCUUUGCUCCUCCUCUUCUUCCUCUUUUCGAAAAGUCCGUGUCUGCCCAAGCGGGAUCAGAAUAUCACCGAGACUGCCAGGAAGAAACGUUGAAGUCAAACUUGAUUUGCGGGGAGCGAAACAACACCGAACAAUGAGCAAGGCACUCAGUGGACUGCACCCCGCGGAAGGAUCAAAACGCUGUUUUAGAGAAUAUGCAAGCAAAGGCGAUCUCAGGAUUUUGCCUCGUUCCCUCCCGAAAUGCCCGUUGAAUCCUACGAACUAGUACGCCACAUGGCUGAAGGGGCAAAGACAAAGACACAGCCAAAGGAUUUGGAAAUCCCG